AUGGGCACCGGCAUACCUGAAGUCCAUCCCCGUUUCCGCACCCAGAGAUGUACCAAAUCAGGCGGCUGCAAAACGCAACAGACGUAUCUCGUCGCCGACGCCCGGCACCGAGCCUUCCACAACACCGAAGGCGCAAUCGUGAAAUGCUCCGCCGCCAACAAGGUACUCUGUCUCGACGAGGCCACCUGCGCCAAGAAUUGCAUCCUUAACGGCGUCGAGUACGGCAGCUUAGGCAUGCUCGCAAGUGACACGGCCGUGACGCUACGCAACUAUCUCUUUGACGGGAAGAAGCACAGGACCAUCAGUCCGCGCGUGUACCUACUUGCAGAGGAUGGCGAGGACUACGAGCCGAUCAAGCUGCCCGUUAAACCAAUAAAUCAGCUUUCAGGUAAACCUGGAUUCCUCCGGCGCUUGCUGCAACAAAAUGGACAUCUGGGAAGCCAACUCGCGUGCCACGACCAUGACUUCGCAUCCUUGCAAGCAAACGGCCCUUUCCUUUGCAACGGUGAUCAGUGCGACGAGUUGGAGAAGAGUGGAAGCGGUAUGCGUGCCAGAAAAGGUUGCGGAAUCAAUCCGUUCAGGCUUGGGGCCCCAGAGUUCUACGGCAAGGACCAGGAACACAAGGUUGACACCUCUCGGCCGUUUACAGUCGUCACCCGCUUCUUUACAGAUGACAACUCGACGACUGGCGCCCUCACCGAGAUUAGAAGGGUCUACAUUCAGGAUGGAAAAACGUUUCCAGCCACCUACAGCUCGAACAUUAAAGCUCUCAACCAUGCCAACACUUCGCCCAGCGGUGGAAAAUUUGAAGCUGCGUUGACGGAGGGGUACUGCAGUGCUCGGGGCUUCGACGACCAUGUGCGACUAGAUGGAUUGAAGACAAUGGGCCAGGCACUGGGUCGUGGUAUGAUCAUGGUAUUAAGUAUCUGGAACUCCGAAAGAGACUCAAUGGCGUGGCUAGACGCCGGAAAAAAACGGGCCAUGCCAGGACGGUGA